CAUCCCUCCCAAUCCACUCUCCACCAUGUCCGCUGACAGUCCGGGCGAGCGGCGCGGCUUUCGAGCCUUCUUUGCCAACGCCCUGCGCCCCAAGAAGUCCCGCCAAGUCCUCCGCAAGGGCUACAGUGCAUCCACCCCCGACCUGCGAGCCGAGUUGCAAUCGCGCGCCGGCAGCGAUGACAUCCCUCCGAUGCCCUCCCUUGCGCCUCUAGAGGCCCAUCGGCUCAAGUACCGCGUCGCCAAUGCCCAGCUUGACACCCAGCUGGGCGAGAACCGCGACCACACGGCCAUGUUGCACGCCAUUGGCGUGCAGGACAUGAGCGACGCUGCGGCCAACGAUGCGAACGAGAUCGACCGUCGGCCGCCCGGCGAGCCCAAGAUGGCCAUGCUGCCGCCGGAUCUCUGGCGGCGGGUGGCGGAAUUCCUGAAUCCCGCCGAGCGAGCUAGUCUCGCCUUCGUCAGCAAAGACUUCCUCGGCCGGCUUGGCCCCGGUCCCUGGAUGGCGCUGAACGACGCCGAGAACCACGACUACCGCGCCGACUUCCUCGUCUCGCAGGACCGCGCCCUCCCUCACCACCUCCUGUGUUUCCCCUGCGCCCGCUACCACCGUCGCACGCGGGAGGGCUUCGAGAAGCUGCAGCCCGCCGACGUGCUGAACCCGCUGUUCGACUGCCCCAAUGCCCGCAACUCGCUGGCCCCGGCGCCGCGACACCGCAUCACCCACGGCCGCACACUCCCGUUCGCCUUCGUCCAGCUCGUCAUGCGUGCCAACCGCUUCUCCCCUCGCUACGGCAUUCCUGUCGACCUGCUCUCGCGUCGCUGGCGCCGCGACGGCUGGUCCCACCACAGCCGGUACUAUAUCCACCGCGGGCGACUGCUCAUGCGCGUCGUCAGCAGCUGCUUCGCCCCGCCAGACUUACCGCCUAGCUCGCAGCGGAUGCUCCUCUACUCGCGGGACGAUUACUGGCCGUACUUCUCGGCCUGCGCGCAUUGGCGCGACGGCGAGCUCAUGAACGUCUGCAAGUGCGCCCUCGGCCACAUUCCCAAGCCGCGCGAAACCGCCGGCCUCCAGGGCCUCGAGCACCGCGGCAAGGACAUGGUCCACGGCCGCAUCCACAACCCCAACGCCCUGACGACCCUCUGCGGCAAGUGUCGCCCCAUGCGCCGCUGCCCCGAAUGCCCCUCCGAGUACCUCGUCGAGGUCAAACUCACCGAGGACCGCACCAACCCCAAGAGCCUGCACUUCCGCCACGCCAUCGUCGUGACCCGCUGGAGUGAUCUUGGCGACGGGUCCUCGCCGCGCCUGUCCCCCGAGUGGGCAGCCUGCAACGGACUCCGAGACGGUUACGAUUCGUUCGAAACACUGGGCAAGCGCACCAUCUCGGGGACCUUCGAGUCCUCGAUCACCGACGACGUCCUUCCCGGACAGCGUGUGUUGUCGAUGAACCCCAAGGGUAAGAAACUAGGCGAAGCCGGCACAGGCUGGUACUAAUCAAAGGGAAGCCCUUGGGGAAAAGGUCCAUGUAUUACUUGCUUACUUAUCUUCUUCUUCCUUUCUUUCAUUCAUUUAUCGCCUAUCUUGAUAUGUACCUGAUAUGGAGUUUUAAUUGGAUCGGUGUGUGCAUUUCCGGGGUUAUAAAUUGGCUUCUUGCUGUAUAUAGAUUGCGACGGGUCGGGUCAUGCAUGGGAAAUGGGAGUUCCGUUGGAUGGUAAAAUUAUAUAUCGAUCAUGGACGAAUUUUGGUCUACAAAAGGAAUUUUACUUUGUACUCACCAUCG